AAGAAGAGGAAGAGGUCAGCUGCAGAGUAGAGCACGUGUUUGGACAUACCAGGGACGUAACACGGCAGUGUGGUAUUUUAAUCGGCGUUAAUGCCUUCAUUUUCAAGUUAGUAAUAAUUAUUAUAUCGUGUGAAAAUCUACGCUCGGUUGUCUAAGGGAACUUUGAAGCUUUCCCGGGCUAGCUUUGUUUGCUAGUUAGCUUAGCUUGCUAGCUCUGUGAUGUCGACGAUGAAAGCUAAAUGGGCGAAAAUGUUCUGUUGCCGGCUGCUUUUUUAACCAGAACAAGUCACGACACAACUUUCAGCCUAAUCUGAGAAAGUAAGAAGUGCCUGGCUAGCUUUUGUGGCAAUGUGCUUUCAACUGUGAAGAAGUAUCUCCUCCUGUGUGCAAACCACUUCGAAGAUUCCCGCUUCUCAAACCUGCGCCAAUAUAAAGAUGGAUUUUCCGAACAACUACUUUUAAUGGCGGGGUCUGUGCCUAUUUAUGGCAAUGGAGGAGACAAUGAAACGAGAGAUACAACAAGCCAGCAGACAUCAUUUACCGUACUGAUCAAGGCUGCCAGACACAAUCACCUAAGACCUGCUCAGUUGGGACACAGCUUUCCAUGAAGACUCUCCAAGCGCAUGUCAGAAGUAAAGACGUCUGUGAAGAACAUCUUUUCCCUGAGCAACAGGAGUGGAGCUUUAGGAUGGAGCAGGAAGAGCCACAACCCUACCACUUCAAAGAGGAAGACCAGGCCCCACAGACCCCUCACCUUAAAAAGAAAGUGGGGGACCCAUUGAACCUCUACUUUAAAGAGGAAGAUGAGGCACACUGCAUCAGUCAGGAGGGAGAGCAUCUUGAAGGACUGGAGGAGGUUGAUGUCACCAAGAUGCCAGUGACUGUUGUGAUUGUGAAGAGUGAAGAUGAUGAGGUCAAUGGUGAAAGUGAGGAGAAGAGAGCGGUGGAGCCUCCAAGCAGCAGCUCAACUCAACACAUAACAACAGAAGCUGAUGGAGACCACUGUAGAGGAUCACAAGCAGACAAGCUCUUAGUUCCACUAUCAGAUAGUGACGACACAACGUCACACUCUCCUGACACUGAUGAUGACGACUCUAAAGCUGAUAAGACAUGUCACACUGACAACACACGUUUUAAAUGUUCUCACUGUGACAAAACUUAUGAUUACCGUUGUCAUCUGAAGAAACACAUGAGAACACACACUGGAGAAAAACCUUUUUCCUGCUCAAUCUGCGGUAAAAAUUUUACUCACAGCCAUCAUUUGAAAAUACACCAGAGAACACACACUGGAGAAAAACCCUUUUCCUGCUCCGAAUGCGGUAAAAGUUUCGCACGAAAAAGUUGUAUGAAACAACACAUGAGAAUACACACUGGAGAAAAACCUUUUUCCUGCUCAGAAUGCGGUAAAGGUUUCGCACUAAAAAGUGGUUUGAAACAACACAUGCAAAUGCACAAUGGAGAAAAAACAUUUUCUUGUUCAUUCUGCGGUAAAGAUUUUUUGCGAAGACAGUAUUUUAAAAUACACAUGAAAAUACACACUGGAGAAAAAUCAUUUAUCUGUUCAAUCUGCGGUAAAACGUUUGUAGAAAGACAGCAUUUAAAAGUACACAUGAGAACACACACAGGUGAGAAAGUGUUGAGUUGCAGUGUGUGUGAUGAAAGAUUCUCUUAUAAGUACCAGUGUAAGAAACACAAGUGUGCUGGUGAGAACAGCAGCAGCAAAUGAAGCUGCAGGAUUUUAAAUCAACUGCCAGAACUUUUAUAACUUUUACAUUCUAGCAACAUCAGCACAUAUAACAUGUGUGACAUCAUUGUUGUGUGUAACACUAUCUUGUAAAUAUGCUUCUUACAUGUACAGAUGCAUUAAGUAUAGUGCUUUUUCAGUCAAGUAUAUGCAUUAAUAUACAACAUUGUGGACUUUUAUUUAAAAAUUACCAAAAUUUUGACUGAAAAGGUGAGAGUAAACAGUACAAAAUAUGCAUGUGACAUACAAUAAACAUUUAAUGUGUAAGAGCAGGACAGAACAUUAAAGCUUUUUGUUGGCAGCACAACUACCGAGGGUUGAAAUAACUUGCUCAUUCAUUUAAUAUGUCUGUAACAUUACCUUUGACAGGCGUUAGGUGUCAUCUGGCCGCGCUACACUCAGGACAAGUCGCCACUUUUAAAAAGAAAAAAAAAACAAGUCUGUAGUUUAUUGUUAAGCAACAGUGUGACUGUUUGUUUCACACAAAUCACUGUCGGACUGUGCUCCAGUGUGCGCCCAUUCAGCGGCUGCAUUGACUUGUACUAUGAUGCAUUUAAAUUCUACUAAUGACCUUCGUCAGAUUACUAAGGCCGGUUAUGUCAUCAUGAUGUGUUCAAUGUGGUCAUAGUGGGACAUUUGAAUGAUCGAAACACAAAAAGUAAAUUACUCAAAUAUUUGUUGUUUGUUUUCAUAGCAGUAUAAAUAAGAGACCGUAGUAGCUGACAACAACAAAGUAAAAAAUACUUAAGAAUUUGGGAUAGUUUUACCUGUGACUGUUGCAGGUGCAGAAAGGGAGUUUCGCAGACUGAAACUAAGAAAUAUCGCAGACUGAAACUAAGAAAUAUCUCAGAUUAACAACAAGCCAAGAGGCUAAAUAGCCUUGCAAGACGUACAAUUGCGAGUCAGCUAAACCGACAAUUGGACUUUCAAUUAAAUUCAUUGUCACAAAGAGCAACGGAAUUAAGUUAAGAGCAUUAACACUUCACACAUUGAUGUAAAGUGCCGCAUGUUCCUAAACCCCAAAAUCCCCAUAAAUAACCGAGUGUAAACAUUUAACAGAUUAACAAUGGAGCAUUACAUGGAGAUGGUGACAAGACUGCAGCAAUGCAAAGUUCAGAGCUAUUCUUGGUGAAUGUGGUUGUUGUCCAUGAGUGGGGGUCAAGUGGGAAAAGGGAGACCUCAUCAGCAAAUUUGCUAAAAAAAAAAAAAAAAAGGCAGACGUUGGGCUUUCUGAUGAGACCUUUAGUGAACAAACAAGCCAAAUUAAACUUUAAUUGAGAUUAUUUUAGCAUUUUCUUGUUUUUGAUAUUUCUUUUAUAACAACAUAUUGCAUGUGCUCUUUGUUUUACUUGCACAUUUAACUUAAAUGCAACAUAUUUACCUGUGGACUACUUUGAGCCAGGACACUUUGUUUUUUACAUAUCAGUGCUUGAUUGUUAAAUACAAUAAAACCUAUUUGUUGAGUGCCUCGUCGAAAAUGUAUUUGCAUUCAGAGGUGUAAUAACACGUGAAAUGAGGAUAAGACAACAAAUAAUACAUAAUGUACAUAAUACUCCGACUUUGACAAAAAAAGUGCAAUUCCCCUUUAAGGUUAGACAUGA